GCCUCCGCCUGGGGACCCCUGCUCCCUACUGACCCUCCACGGCGCGUCCCCGCCCCAGCCCCCCGUGGCUGGGCUGCCGGUGGUCCGGUGGUCUCUGCUGGGCGAAGGAGCUCUGAGCAGCCACCUGCCGCGUUCCACAGCCUUUUUGCAUCUCGGAUUUCGGGACUGCUCCUUUCCCCCCCCCCUUUUCCCUGCUGCUUUGCACCCCGCUUUUUUUCUGCAUUUGGCUCGCGUUUUGCAGUCAUCUAUUUUUGCGCCCCUUUUUGUUUUGCUUCUAGUCCGUUUGUGAGGUGAAGCUGCGUCCGCACCCCUUCCCCCUUAUCCCCUGCUCUGACCACCUCCCCCUUUUCAUCGCACUUGGGGGGGCUAGCAUUGGCGCGCGCACCUCCAGUCGCACCGCCAGCACCCCGCAGCGCGUGGCCGUGUACCCCGGAAUUCGCAUACGGAGCGGGGUCCCCCUAGCUCCCGCUGCCCUCGCUCUCCGCGCGUUCGGGUACGCGGAGGGCUUCAGCGCGCAGCGCCGCCGCUUCCCCGCAGCCCCCCGCCUCGCCCCAGGAUUCGGCCCGCGCCGCCAAGAUGGUCAUCCAGAAAGAGAAGAAGAGCUGCGGGCAGGUGGUUGAGGAGUGGAAGGAGUUCGUGUGGAACCCGAGGACGCACCAGUUCAUGGGCCGCACCGGGACCAGCUGGGCCUUCAUCCUCCUCUUCUACCUCGUCUUCUAUGGCUUCCUCACAGCCAUGUUUACCCUCACCAUGUGGGUGAUGCUGCAGACCGUCUCUGAUCAUACUCCCAAGUACCAGGACCGACUGGCCACCCCAGGCCUGAUGAUUCGCCCUAAGACGGAGAACCUUGAUGUCAUUGUUAAUGUCAGUGACACAGAAAGCUGGGAUCAGCAUGUUCAGAAGCUCAACAAGUUUUUGGAGCCUUACAACGACUCCAUCCAAGCCCAAAAGAAUGAUGUCUGCCGCCCUGGGCGUUAUUAUGAACAGCCAGAUAACGGGGUCCUCAACUAUCCGAAACGUGCCUGCCAAUUCAACCGGACCCAGCUGGGCAACUGCUCCGGCAUCGGGGACCCCACUCACUAUGGUUACAGCACUGGGCAGCCCUGUGUCUUCAUCAAGAUGAACCGGGUUAUCAACUUCUAUGCAGGAGCAAACCAGAGCAUGAAUGUUACCUGUGUUGGGAAGCGAGAUGAAGAUGCUGAGAAUCUCGGCCACUUUGUUAUGUUCCCUGCUAAUGGCAACAUUGACCUCAUGUACUUCCCUUACUACGGCAAGAAGUUCCACGUGAACUACACACAGCCCCUGGUGGCUGUGAAGUUCCUGAAUGUGACCCCCAACGUGGAGGUGAACGUGGAAUGUCGCAUAAAUGCUGCCAACAUUGCCACAGAUGAUGAGCGAGACAAGUUCGCCGGUCGUGUGGCCUUCAAACUCCGAAUCAACAAAACCUGAGGCCCCUUCCUCCCACCCCCACCACUCUCCUGUGGAUGCUUCUGGAAUGUCCCUGACCCUGCCUGAUCCUUCCCUCACCUGCCCUAAAGGUAUUUUUUAUAACAGAGCUAUGACUUGUCUGCCUCACACUCUUCUCCUUGACUUCUCAACCCAGCCUGAUGUGCACUGUGAUCCCUGACUGCACCCAUUUUCUGCCAGCUUCUCCCAGCCUUCUCCCAGCCAGAGACAGAAAUGGGCAACCAAGAUGGCCACAGAGGAGGGAAUCUUUAUAGUUCUGGUUGGUUUAGCUGCGAGAGGAAUCUUUUUACAUCUCCUCCCUGCACUUCUGCCAAUCUUCUGAGACCUAUAGAGAAUGCCCACUUAGACACACACACACACACACACACACAUACACACACACACACACACACACACACACACACACACACACACACACACGGUACCCACAUUUGAUUCCCUUCUCCCAUCCCCAAGCUCCAGCCAUUGUUUCUUUCUGUUAUCCUUUCUCCUUUUUCCAUCUCUACAGUCACUGUCUUGGUGACUUUGGCUUUUCUGGGUCCACCAUCAGGGCUGUUCCCUAUUCUCUCCUCUGAAAGGCAGCCAUUUGUCAUGUCACUGAGUACAAGAUGGCUCUGUUGGUCUUUUCCCUCUUUCUUGGCACAUCCUGCUUCUCCCCCUAUGGUGACUCCAUCAACUGGGAAAUGAAGGAUUAGAAGAGAAGUGUUGAUUCUUCCAGAGAAUUCUCUAGUGCCCCACAUUCCAAUUCCUUCCUGGUUCCUUCUGUCAUCUGAAUAGUCACUACUCUGAGAGGUGGGUUUGACUUUAGGUUGAAUAUGUACUUUGUUUGUCCAAUGACUCCCUUCCCCCCACUUGCCUUCCGAGAAUAUCCUUCAAGUUCCACUUCCCAGGGAGCUCUGGGGGAGGGGCAGCCAUCUUGGCUCCAUCCCCAGUGGCCACCUUGGAAACGUCAGCUGGCUGGGGGACUAGUCCACCUCCUUCUCCUGAGCCCACAUCGGUCCCCACCCUCCUCUCUCUGGCUUCUAGCAAGUUACUGACUGAUCACUAACUCCUUCCCUUUCCUCUGCAUGCCAGCCUGAAUAUUUCAAAUCCCUUCCUCAGUCUAGCUUCUGAAUUUCUUUGCUCCACUCCUUCAGACCCUUUUGCCUUUAAAAAUAAAUAAAAUAAUGCCCAUAGAAUGUCAAAUGAGGGGCCUCCUGCUGUGAGUACUGUUUGGUUAUAGAGGCAUUUUUAACUCUUUUCCUCCACUUGUCUAACCAUCCCCCUUUUCAAUGCUGCAGCCUCCACACCCCACCCACGAUGGACCCUCCCCUUUUUCCUCUCACUGGAUCUGUGUCUCUUCCCUUUGGGCCCCCAGGUUUUCCUAUACCCUCUUCUCUCCAGUGAUCUCUUUCUCUACAGUUAUUUAAUGCCUGUGUCAGAUCUACUGUAAAAAGAGGAUAAAGUACAAUAAAAUGAGAGCAAUUAUAUAUAUAAAUAUAUAUCAUACACAGA